CAUGAUAAUUACUUCCUCGCAAAACCUUGUUAUGUUGACAAAAUUUAUGAAUUUUAACAGAUGUAUACUAGUGCAAAAAAUAAUUUUUAAUGUAGGAAAUAAAUAAAACCAGAGUAAAUAUAGUUAUUGCCAGGAAAGAUGGCAUCAUUUUUUCGAAAAGCAAAACAAACAAAAGUUAGCAAAGAGUCAAAGGAAGGAGAAAAGCAACAGAGGACAGACAGCUUUGAUAUGUUUUCUGGAUUGGAGAUUGCACCAACUGCAGAAGUAAAAUCAACAUCCAAUAAUUUGAAUGAUAUACAGGAUUUGAACUUGGAGAUGUCAACAACCAAAGCGCUAACAAAGGAAGAACAUGUUAAACUUCAUAAAGGUAAAGACGAUGAAGAAGAAGUGUUCCCAUUUCUGGUACAAGAGACUGACAAUACUGACAGCACGCUAUCUGAAACAAUUGACAAACCAACAGAACAUGAUAUAAAUCGACCUGACACAGAAGUUCAAAAAUGUCCAACGGACAGUGUGUCUGAAUUAGAACCAGUUAAAGAUAUAUGUGCCACUGAACCAGCUUCAAAUAAACCAACUCCAAACAAGUCAGCAAAGAAAGUGAGAAAGAAAAGAGCCAUUAGACCUGGUCAGGGAAAUACAUCAAAUGUGACAACAAACAGCAAUUUAAAGCAAGGAACUAAAAAGGCAGAAGAAGAUACUGUAAGCAUUAAAUCAGACACUUCAAGUGUUCAUUCUGUACAAGAUCACGAAGAUAACCAAUUGAGUUCGGCUAAAGGAUCCUUAAAUGAAGAAAAUGAGCAUGUACAGGAUCAGGCGUUCCUGGGAAGCUCUUCAAGGAUGCAAUGCACUGAAGAAAUUCAGGUUGAAAGCGAUACUGAAAUGUGCAGCGUCGAUGCCAGCAGUGGGCAACAGUUAGUCAGUGCAAGUGAAAUAAAAUCCUCUGUUGACCUCCCAAUGAUAUCUACAUGUGAAAAUAAGGGUUCAGAUGAUAACCUUUGUUUAAACAACCAAUUAACUGAUAAUGAAAAUAAUGUAGAUAAAAAUAGCAGUAAUGAUUUCGCAUCGAGUAAACAAGAUCUUGGACUAAAAAUCGGUAACGCACACGAAAAUUUAAUUAAAGACGAUGUGGACCAAAUAUCAGAUAGGACUACUAGCAACAAAGAAACGUCCUAUGUAAUAGAAUUGGACGAUGACCAGAAGUUGAUGCUCAUGCUAGAAAGUCUACAAUCACAACAAAAAGCUUUACAAGUGGAAUUAGAUGAGUUAGAUGAAAAGCAAAAUGAACUCAUUAGCAACUGGAAAUCAGAACACCUAACCGAAAGUGAAAUGAAGCUGAGAAUAAAAGCACUCAGUGAGAAGCAAGCAUUGUUGGUUACCAAUGAAAAUUAUGCUGAAGCUGCAGAAAUUGAUCAGGAAAUUAUUGAUUUGCAAAAUCAGUUUGAAAAUAUCAAAUACAUACAUCCCAUCCUUAAUAAGCAGUUUAUUGAACUGUUAAAAGAGUUUCACAAUGUUCACACAACACAAGAAAAUAAGAAGAAAGAACUUUAUGAGCAAUAUAAGGAAAUUCUGGAUUCACAAAGCCACAGAAUAAAAGAAAAAGACAAAAUUAAAGAGAAACAACUGGAUGAUCACGUUUUGGUGUUAAAGGAGAAGAAACUUAAACUGGAAAGAGAUUUAAGUCAUGCUCAGUUAGAUAAAAAACAUUUGUUGAAAAACGAAAGUGUACUCAAUGAAGAGAUUGAGAAAAAGACAACGCUUUUAACCAAAGACAAGAAUGCUUUUCUGGAAAAGCGAUCAGCAGUACAGGAAGAAAUUACAGACUUAAAGCUGAAACUAGCAUUAUUAGAAAAAACUGAAGAAGAGUACACCAAUAACAUUGACAAUAUUGAUCAGCAAAUUCAAAGUAUCAUAAAUGAAUUUCAACCACGAGUUGAGAGCAUUAGGAGGGAAAAGGAAAUGACAGAGAAAAAUGAACUUCAGAUAUAUUCAGACAUGGAAGCAUUGGUUGUGAAGGAAGAAGCUGUGACAAAAGAGAAAGAGAUAUUACAUGAAGAACAAGAGAAAAACAAGAUGCUCCUGAAAGAAUUACAAGCAUUUAAUGACACCACAUCAGAUCCAAGCAAGAUGGAAAUUUUUUCCUUUGAUCAAGUAUUUAGCAACUCUAAGCUAUUGGGAAAGAUUGCUGAUGAGGAGUACUCCAGUUUGAAGACACUAUUGUCAGAAAGAGAAGAAGAACUGCAACGUAUCAAAUGUCAGAUUCUGGAAAACCAAACUAAUCAAAGUAACCUGCAGCGUUCGUUAAAUGAUCUAGAAACGAAAGUAUCUGAAUUGCAAGUUUUAAAGCAAGUGGCUGUGAAAGAAAGGAAAUUUAAAGAAGCUCAGAAAUACUCCGAUGAGAUUAAAGCUCUCACUGCUGAAGGUAAAGCAAAGCAAGAAACAGUUUGUCAGCUGGACGCAGCUAUCAAACAGCAACAACCUGAAGCUGAAAAGUUAAAAGAUUUAGUAAAGGAGGUGGAGAAAAAUUUUCAAAAACAAGAAAUUAAAUAUGAUAUGCAAAUAAUAAAGAACUUAAAAGAGGCUCAAAAGGAAGCUGAAGAAACUCUAAACAGUCACCCACACAUUUGGAUUAGGCAGACUAUAGAAUUACAACUUGAUUAUUUCAAGAGCAUUGUCCAAAGUUUGGAAACAAAACAUGAUUUAAAUGAACACAAUCCGGCUGACAACCAAGGAGUGAACAAGAUGGAGUUACAACUUGAAAUUGAAGAACUAGAAGCCAAACUAAAACUAGUUGUAGAUGAAGAGGACUGGGAAACAGCAGACAAACUAAAUUAUGAAAUUGAAGCAAAACAAGAACUGAUGAAGAAAUGCUAAAUUGGCGAAGAAAAUUAUGUUGUUACAAGUACUUUUAAAUUAAAUUAUUUUUUAUAGUUACUAUUUUAAAUUUAUACAAAAUUUUGGAAUUAUCAAGCAGUUGAGAUUAUGCAAACGCGACAAAAUGCGACAAAACAUCUAAUCUACCAAAUAUACAUUUGACAUUAUAUUUUAUAUUAUAUAUGUUCCAACAUGAGGUAAAUGUUACCUAAAUGAAAAUGUUAAAGUUAUGAUAUUAUUAUGCCUAUGCAGCAGAUACUUUUAAUAUGUUAUGCAGGUAUUUUAGUUAGUCUUCACUGUAAAUAAGCCUAGUUCAAAUUGAAUUCAGGUAUCGAGCUAAGCACUAGUAUAAAAAUAAAUUAUAUAACACGUUGCUAUAAAUUCUGCUUUUCCAUUGGAAAGUUAAGGUAAAUUCUAAAACAGGGAAUAUUUUGGAAAAAGAUAUUACAAUGUAACCUCUGAAGAGCGCUAUUAGUAAUUCUAGAAACACUAAAACGAGGAAAAAUAAUUCUUUAAAUGCAAUAAAAACAAAGUACAAUUUACUAGACUGUCAAUUAUUUAUAUUGACACUAGUACGAACAUCUUCAAACGAAAAAAAAAACAGGGCUGAAAUCUUUGUCUAUUAUCUUUUCUUUUAUCUUUUCAUCUGUUUUUAUUUGUAUACUUUCGCGUGCUUCAUAUUUCCAACGUCAACAAACUGUCUGAAGGUUAGUGAGAAAAAUUAAUACAUCUAUUGAAAACGUUCUGAUCAAAUGAUUCCAAUUUAAAUGUCUUGCCAAAAUAAAAUUUCUUCCUGGUAACUGGUUCACAGUUAAUCAAAUCCUUAGGUGAGAUGUUUAAGCUGUUUAAGCUUUAGGGUCACUAUGAGUGGCUAUCCAGGAAUACAUAAUAAAAAUGGCGUUAUAAACCCAAACGAAUUAUUAAACUUAUUCUGAUCCUGUAUCUGUAACUUAGUGCUUAUGCAAUUUUAAA